CCCUUUUCGCGCAGAGGCAAAGGCAUGGUUGUAGAUGUUAUGGGAGAGGAUCGAGGUACCAGAUCCCCUAACUCGGAGGAGGCCGAGGUAUAGAUGGACCGUGUGCAGUCAAGAACUCGAGUCCUUCAGGAGACGGUUCGUUGAAUCGGACGGAGGCGCCAGGGGAAAGGCUGGGGGCUCGGGAUGGGAACCUGGAAGCCGGGUGGUAGAUAAGUAUGCCGUCGGAUCUGACGAUCUCACACCCGGGCACGGCCAGCGAUGCCCAAGAGGGUGCUAUGCUUACUGUCUAGUGCUCGGAGGCCUCGGUCGCGAGCCAAACAAUUGGGUGCAGCCCGACGAAGCGAAGAGAUCCACAGAGGAUGGGAGCUGGAAGACCAGUCCUUCGCAGGGUUUUAAAUCAGGGCGAGAGAACAACCGAGUGACGAUCGACCGAUUUCCGACAUGGGAAGAGGCCCACCGAUGGCGAAAGCGUUGGGGGGUUGACGCUGAAGCAGGAACAGUGCGAUGUGAAACCGAAGGAUACUCGCGCCAGGAAGAAUAAUGAAGGCCGGCGCCGUGAGGAUAAGAUGAUUAGUGCAACAGGACCGGGAGGAGGCAGAGACAAAACCGACGGAAACCACCGACGCAUCGGCUGACGAAUGGAAAGGGGGGAAGGCAGUUCUGAUGGAGGAUGGAUGGAUCGCAGUGGAGAGAUCGAAGCUGAGGAUGAUAUGUCAUGCAUGAUCAACUGUGAACUGUGA